AUGUCACAAGGCCAGGGUGACUCGAAAGGCACACUGGCACUGGUUCAUCUCUCGAGGGACAACCUACAACCUGUGUACCUGAGGGGAAGCACUGGUGCCGUAGACGGAUAUGCCGAGGGAAACGUCAUCAACACGCGCUUUGGCUCCUUCCCGCAUUCGACCCUCAUCGGCGUCCCCUGGGGUGCCCAGGUGAGAGCCUCGAUCGUCGAUACCGGUUCAAGAGGUCGCAAGAGGAAGCCCGAUAGCAAUGAUGUAGCCACUCCGGAGACACAAGGCACGCCCGCUGUGGAAGAGGAACCCAAGGCUGCUUCUACCGGUGUCAAGACGGCCGCCAGCGGCUUUGUCCACGUUCUUGCUCCGACGCCCGAAUUAUGGACCAUGAGUCUGCCACACAGGACCCAGGUCGUCUACACGCCAGACUACAGCUACAUCCUCCACAGGAUACGAGCUCGUCCAGGCAUGCGCAUAAUAGAAGCUGGUGCGGGAAGUGGUAGCUUCACCCACGCUGCCGUGAGAGCUGUCUUCAACGGACACCCACAAUCGGAAGGCGACCACAGGGGGAAAGUCUUCAGCUUCGAGUUCGACAAAGCACGUUUUGAGAAGAUGCAGGAGGAAAUCGAGGCGCACAACCUCAGUGACAUGGUCCACAUCACUCAUCGUGACGUCUACAACGACGGGUUCCUGGUCAAGGAUGGAGAGAGCCCAGAGGCGGACUGCAUCUUUUUGGAUCUGCCAGCCCCUUGGAAGGCUUUACCUCACCUCACUAGAGCGAGCAGCAAAAAGCCCCAAGACUCAGAAGAGAUCGACUCAAAAACGAGGAAGUCGCCCCUUCGGGCCGACAGAAGCGUAUACCUGUGCACCUUCUCGCCAUGUAUAGAACAGGUUACCAAAACGGUCGAGGUGAUGCGCCAACUGGGGUGGAUGGACAUUGAGAUGGUCGAGGUAGCGCACAAGCGCUUCAACGUCAUGCGUGAGCGUGUUGGGCUCAACAUGCCCACGGAACGUGGGACGAACCAGACCGCGGGAAAUGUCGACGAGGCAUUGGCGAGACUGCGGGAGGUAGAGGACAAGGCCCGCGAGUUUCACGGAAGGACACAAGGAGGUGGGGCCGAUAAUGACGACGACGAGAUGGAUGUCGACGACACCAAGGUCGCUGUAAACGUCAACGGUGAGAAUGACGGCGGCGACGAGGGUACAAAGCCGUGGAUGCUGGGCCGGCUCAUCCAUCGCACGGAGGCUGAGAUCAAGACGCACACUUCAUACCUCACAUUCGCGGUACUCCCACAGGAGUGGACUGCGGAGCAAGAAGCAGCGGCAUUUGAGAAUUGGCCCUGUGGACGGGAGAAGGGUGUGAUUGGUAGCCUCGACAAAGCCGUACGCAAGCAGGAGAAGAGGGACAUGCUCGCCGGUAAGAAGAGGAAGAAGGAGGCAGCUGCGUCCAGCAAGAAUGUCAGUGGUGAAACCAGCAGCAACAAUGCCAGCCCUGCGCCAAAGAAGAGUAAGGCAUCAUCAUAA